GGGCUUGGCGCACCAAAACACGACACUUGGGAAGGAGUGUGACCACUUCGGUGGUCGCGCAGUGAGCGCGUGCCAUUUCGCUGUGUAACGUCCGCGGGUGUAAAUUGCGUUACUAAGUAGUAGAAGAUCUGGGGAGUCUGCUUACUUACUGUUUUUCUACCUUGGGCAGCUUAUUAACGGUCAAAAUGGCACUUUUUUCUGGUCUUCUCCGCUGGCAUGAAAAUGCGGAAAAACGUCGCCGAGAAAAAAGCGGCUUCGUUCGCUUCCCUGGACUGCUUUUAAGACUAGAAGCACCAGUAUCAGGAGGAUUAACGUUUUAUUUCAAUUCAACUGAACAGCUUAUCCCAAACCACCUCUCAAACUUGUUUUGUAACUACUUGUUUUCCAAAUGAAAAGUAGGCCACGUGAGCUCCAUCUAUCAAUCGCUCCUCCUCCUCCUCCUCCUCCAAUCGAAGCAACUGCCUGCCGUCCUCUUGCUACGGUAGGACUGCUCUCGUCGGGCUCGGUACUUUUUUCGACUCCGUCUUUGCUCGAGAUUUAUGUUGCUGCGAGGCAUGUGCCGCACCGACAUGACACGAGUACUUAUAUCUGAUCAUUAUAUUUUGAUUGGGGCCUACAUAUGAUCAAACAUAUUGUUUGUAGCGUUGGUGCCAUCUUCACUGUGAUAAACUAUCAAGUUUCCUACUUUUUCCUGAACCUACGCCUACCUCCCUGAUCUCGAUUGUAAUGUUCAUGUCAUGUGUUCAAUCUUCUCAAAUUAGAUAUUCCAUGGGAGCGCGAACCACCAAACAAUCUUCAUGCUGAUGGGCUGACCGACAUUGAUAUUGAGGAAGACGAAGACACUCGCAAGGCUUCGAGUUUUGUUGUUCUUUCGACGGGGGUUGUGGAGCAGGUCAGCGAAGAGGUAUACGAUAUAUACAUAGGGAUAAAAUGUAUGUAUGAAAAGAGAACUACAACCAGACAACUUCGUUCUCCCGCAAGUACAAGUGUGGGUUUCGAAAUUAUUGUCUCGAAAAAGAUGAAGGCUCAGAAAGUUGAGCAACUCACUUUAAGGCUACCAAGCGAGCAUCCUCAACAUCAUCCCUGCCUCAAUUUCAAGAGGGAAAUGGAUCCAGGGAUGGCCCCACUCCCAGGGAUGCGCGUGGGUAUCUCUAAUCACUCCAUUUUUUAUCACUGUCUACUUCGGAGACAGAGUAUUGUUGGACGACCAUGCAGCAUCAGCGACGAACGAUAAUAUCGGAUAAAGAUGUAAUAUUAUAUAUAAAUCUCUUUACAAAACGACACCUCCACCUAGCUUCCUUGGAAGCAUCACUUCUUGUCUUUCAUUCUUCAGUUUACGACGGCUGCUGGUACUGUUACAUGGAGCCGAGCGCAGCUGGAGGAAUUAGAAAAACAACAGCGAGACCAUCUGGAAAAAUUUUUCGACAACCUGAAAAAGCAGGCAGAUAAGGGUGAGGCGCAGGCAGAUAAGGGUGAGGCAGACAGACGACGUGAACGCUCAGAACACCGGGACGCGGCGGGCACAAGCGGCGAGGUGCCUCACUUAUAAAGUUCGGAGAUACUACACUACCAGGCACUUAUUUAUAGAUAUAUUAGGUGUUUGAGUUCUUUGACAAUGUUGGUCAUGAUCUGAAUCCUGGAAAUGCCACAAAGAUCCACCAAGAUCCAAAGGAUAAAGAUCAACGAAGUGCCCAAGAUCGCCAGGCGGACAAGGUGCCCACCGGCGCCGUUUUCAACGCGUUGGCCUUAGUUGGCGCGGGUGUCGGCGGUUUCUCCCUUCUCUCUCUCGUUUGUUGUUUCAAGUCUCUCAAAGCAGUCAAGGACAAAGCAGAACCGGAAAGAUCUCAAGGACACUGACAGACCUAAACGCAUAACAUAUGGCUCCCAAAUCAAUGGCCAACAGACAAAGGGCCUUCAGCGUAUUCAGAUCGCAGAGAUAGCGAAUGUUCAUAGCUGUAACCAGGUCCGCGCGCGCGCCGCCUUGUCAGUUCUGACCAGUUCAAUGCGCAUAAAGGACCGCCGUCAGGUACUCUCGUGCCUGCUAGGUCUCGCAGGGUGUGAUCUGAUGCGUGUCCGUCUAUCUAAGGUCAGUCAGAUCCAGAUGGGCACCGACGUAGGAUGAUCAUGCGAAGGCAAUGGCGAUAAGUAAGAAGCGUCGCCAUAUGAAGCACAUGCAACAUCCCCCAUCUUGAUAUCCCAAUGCAACCCCAACGAAUAUCCACAGGGAUCAAAGUCAAACCAGCCAGAGAUCAUUAGCCUCAGGCUGUGAGUUCAAUUGGUUUUGCAUCAAGAUCAAGCUCAGCGCUUCUCACCGAGAAACUACACGUGGCGCAGCGGUCUGUAUUCUUGUGGUGUGGUCCCGCACUAGUUUGACCUUUGCGCUUAGUAUAGAGUAGAAACCCGCCGAGCGACAACUUUUCAAAAAUGUCCUGCGAUGCGAAAGAGAUUUCGAAGAAACUCGGACAGAGGUCUGACUGGCGGGACCUGAAAGGCGCGGCCAUCCGUAGUCUGAAAGGUGCCGCUGCGUCGUUCAUAAACAACCAGAACGAGAGUGGUCAGGUGGAUGCGGUGGAUUCGGGUGAGGUUGUUGCGCUCUUGCGUGAUGUAGGGCACUUCGAUCAGAACAACCGCCAGGGACAACGGGAACGGACGAAGGCAAAACCGCUCGCAGAUGGUUUGCUAAAGUUCCACAACACAGACCAGCCCGCAGAUGUCAAGGGGUUCUCGUCUUGGCGAGGGGGCACCUUUUAAGAAUUCGGCGCUAUGAUUUCUCUACUUUUUCUCUAUAAAAUGCGGCGGGUUCUUCUCCUUGGAUGGAAAUUCUGCGGGUCGAGGAGUUUUUUUCUUGUCAAUAAGUAAAAGCUCGCCGGGGUGGGUUUCUUGGAGCAUGAAAAACGAAAAGCGAAACGCUAUCCAAAAAGCUGCCAGCUUUUUUUUGGAGCAGUGUCUGUAGGAAAUGAAAAUCGAUCGUGACGCCUGAGGCUGUUAGGACAUCGCCAAAACAGUCGAGGGAGACAACUUCUUGCCUUGCCCUUGGGGGGCCUCGGUUCCACCCUCCGCGAUCGACAACGAGUCACGCACGGGGACCGAAAUAGGGCCAACGUAUUGCACACAUUCACGGGGGAGAAGAGGCGUGGCCUGGUGCGAUGUUGUUGCUGUGUUGCAGUGCGUGCCCACUACAUUUCGGCGCGUGUCUUCGUUGCGUGUCCCCUACAUUUUUUGCGGGUUAUUCGCGUGAAAAGUGCACGCGUUUCCGCUUUUGCGUGUCGCCUACAGAUUCGCGAAGAGGUGCGCAGAAACGCACUGCGAAUCAGCCUAGGGCGGCCUCGAUUUGAGUGCCAAAAAAACAAAUUAUAAACCUCAGGCGCUUUUAUAUUUUGUUUUGUGUUUUCAUUAUAAAAUGCCCGAAUUCGCGUGGUCCACUAGUGGGGCUACGCGAAAAAUGCUACAUUUUAUAAAGCCAAAAAAUACCGAGCCCACCUGAGCCAAAAAGUGGCAGCUUUGUUUUUGGUCCUCAUUUUCAUGCCCUCAAACAUGUGAAGCAAGAGGAGCAACCAAACCUGAGGCGCACAGAUGUGGCUCUUUAUGGUGGUGUAGCCCAAGGCAAACGGUGGCCGAUACAUCCACGCAGACGCACGCUAGCACCAUUCAGGUCCCCCGGUGGGAUGGGGUGCAUCACCUCCGACAUUUCGGGCCCUGGUGUCCAUAGCUGCUGGCCCCAGCCUCUUCGUCGGUGUCUGCGCUUAUUCUACCCGAGAACACCCUCAGCGGCAGCUUCGCCGAGGCUGCCAGGCUGGCGCCCAUCGUCAAGUAGCACCUAAGUAGCCACCUUGGCUCUUAAGAACCGCCGGCACCUCUAGAGAACUGCCCGCCCUCGGCCGGCUCGACUCGACAGCGAGAGACUUUGGCAACGAGGUGGCGAAGGUUGGAGACCACCGCGUCGAUGCGAAACAUGGCCGCGAGAUCUUCGCGAAAAGUUGCCCGGGUUGGUCUUCGUUGCCUCUGUCUUUUCGAGUAUGGAAAAGAAGGCGGCGCGGCCUCGGAUGCUUUGUCUUUGUGUUGUGUUUCUCUGUUGUUGACAGCCCCGGCGCCAGGUGAGUGCGGACCGCCCGCACGUCAUUGGCGUCGGCGCUGCUUGGAAUACAGCCGCGGCACGCCUGUGCAAGCUCCUCGAGGUGUAGAGAACCCGGGCGGAGGACGGGGGAAACGCAGGCGGGGAAGCAGUGGCAAAGCGGGGCGGCGUUGGCCAUCUUUCUGCGCUUGGGCGCCUGGGUUGGCUCUUCGUUUUUUUUUUCUAUAUGAAAAAAAAAAAUCUUGGCGAAAAGUUUGCGAAAUCUUUCCAAGAAAUCUUUGCGGAAUCUUUCCGAAAAGAUAAGCGCAUGAAGUUCCAACAUUGUCAAAACUUGUUGUAAACUUUCCGCAAACAUUCCGCGAAGAUUUUGCAGUUUUCGUCUUCCGUGUUUUCCUGGUGAAGACAUGGAAACGCAAUGGAUCGCCGGGAACAAACCUGCAACAGCUUGCAACGAAACCGCAUAAGGCUCCGCGCUUGUUGUCUGUGGUUUUUGUGGUUUCUCUGUUCUUCUCUCCAGGCUUGGGAGGCGCCUGGCGUUGUGCAUUCGUUUGAGAACUUGGCGUGAGGCUGCGCCGCGGACUGGUUCGCCGGCUUGUGAUGCUCUCGGCGUAGUGGUUGGCUUGUCUGUGUGUGGGUUGCGUUGUGUCGGUUUCGUUUUCGGAGCUCCUCUUGGCUUCGUUUUAAUGAGACAAGGACAAGGGCCGCGCGCGUGAGCCUCGGCAACUUUUCGCCAAGAUUUUCCGCCGCCGGUGAUUUUCGGGCGCGGUGGUCUCCAACGAAGGGGCUGCAAUGGGUGGGAUGGUUUUCACCUAGCAAGUGAACAAAGCCAAGGGCGUUCGGCAUUUUCGGGCGUGGGAAGGAAACCGACCUGCGGGGUGUCAGGCUCACCACCCCAGUACUGAUGGCCUCGCUCUGCAUUUUAUAGAGAAAAUAUAGGGGAACUAUAACCCAUAAAAUCCAAAAGGCAUCCGCUCGCCAAUUCUCGUCGAAAGUCCGGGACAUCGUGAACCAGUCGCCCACCGUGUACCCGCCGGAGGCAGGAGCGCCAGAAAGUGACCAGCAGAGUGGUGCACUGCUGCAGAAGUUGCCUGCGUUGUUCUGCAAGAACUUCAAGGCAACGACUGAACGCAUGCAGGAAGAGGAUGGCCUGACUUUUGACCAGAUCGGUGACCGACUUGAGAAGCGUCUUGCGACGUUGAUCGAGGAGGGAGCCUACAAGGCUGAGAGCGAUUCCUUCGGGAAGGCGUUCCCGGUCAAUGUUCAGGAAACCCGGAGCAAACGUCCUCGGGGAGAAGAGGACGACGAGGAAAAGGCCGAGGAAGGUGGUAAGAUCUCUCUGUCUAAAAGUGCCCUCAAGCGCUUCAAGACAAACACAAGGAAAAAGAUCGCCGCCGAGGUCUAUGCCUCCAACUCCAACGGCAACCAAAGCCAUGGCAGUGGUGGUGGAAAGAACGGCAAAGGAAAGCCGCAGAACACAAGUAAUAAAGGUCCUGGAUCUGGAAAACAGGACACCCGUCCAGUCUGUUGGAUCUGCAACAAGCCGGGCCACAGGUCCGCGUCUUGUUGGAAGAAUCCACAGAACCAGGAAAACUGGAAGUGGAACACCAGUGCCCAGUCUAGUAGUGGUAAGGGUAAAGGUGGAAAGGGUAGCGGCGUGGUUCACAUGUCUCAAAUUGCGGAGCUGUUCCAAGCUCUCACUGCCGCCAAGCAGAGCCGAGACGCGGAACCAGUGGAGAUUGGAUUUUGCUUGCUGAAUUUGGACGAGGAUGGGGGUGAAGAUGAGCUAGAUGUAGACAAUGUUGGGGGAAUGAAUUUGAUGGGGCAUAGUCUUGCAACUAGUUCCAUUGCUGUAAGGGGUGGGGUGGGUUUGGUGGAUAGUUGUGCGAGCAAAUAUCUUUGAAGACACAGGCGCGACUCUGUUAAUGUAUAUGACUAUGAGAAUCCGUAGGCUUACUGGUAGCGCUGGGGGUAAAGAUGGAAAAGGAGGAAAAUUGAGAGCAAACAUCUUAGGGCCCCAGUAUGGUGCCACUGCCAAAGGAUUUAGAUCGCGCUAGACCUUGGCUAGGUGAAGGGAACUGCUCGCAAUUAGGGCGGGGAUUCAACUUCAAAGGCGUUGGCGGUUGUCUCGUGCACACAGACACCGGCCAGGCCAUACCCGUAAGAAGUCACCCACGCCUGCGCCUUCCCAUACUUGCACGCGGCGGACUUAUUUAAAGAAGAGACGGAUAGUGGUUAUAGUAUAUUUGUUCAACAGUACUAGAGGAGGGGGCCAGUAGCUGUUAUCUUACAAGAAUCGAACUUCAUAGAAGGCGCGGGCGCUUUCAUAUAGAUGGCCUCCAGGUAAAUUGUCCUGCGUGUGAUCUACAUAAAGGCCAACGCGCACCACAUGCAAAAGCUAGAGACACUGCAAAGCACACACCUGAACCGCUGAAGUUAUUGGCCGCCGACUUUGCUGCUGGAAUCCAACCCGUAUCAGUUAGAUCGAAGCGAUGCGCGUUAGUGAUUAUCUGUGACGCAAUUAAGAAGGUGCUCUGUCGACUGCUUAAGCUGAAAAGUGACUGCGUGGAGGAAGUAGAAGAAGUGACCAAAGGCAAUCGCCAGGACUACUCCUUAUCCCUUGGCUACAAGGUAGCGCGGUUCCUCCGGAGGGAUGGAGAACCUGUCUUGGGCAGUGAUGACAUGGCCAAGGUCAUGCAAUCGCUGCGAGUCUCAGACAGUCCGGCUGUUCCUUAUAGUCUGGAAAUGGAUGGGGCCUGCGAACGUUUUGCGCGGACUUUGUUUGGCAGUGUUGGUUCGCACAAUGCUGACUAAAGUUGGCAAACGUCUCAUCCCUGGCGUUACUGCGUCGAGUACGCGGGUGACUGCUGGGAUCGCUUACCGCAUAACUACGCGGAAAUGCCUCAACAUGAUGGGAGGAGCCCCGCUGAAAUCUUGGAGGAAAGAACUGGCAGAAACUCGCCGAAGAGUGGAAUCGGCAUGCUCCGCCGAUUCGGUUGCCUAGUUUACUUUCGUGAACAAGUUCAAGCCAACACUCCUGAACCCAAGCUCCCGGCCAGAUACCGCCGUGGCGUCUUCCUUGGACUCUGUCUGAAGUCGUCUGGUUGGUUGGUUGGUUGGAACUUUCGCCCAUGACGAUCGUCGCAAGCUUGGACAUCGAUGGGCGGAGUGCUAUACUCUGCCCGAGAUGUAAAGUUCAGAGAGGACUACCUAAUAAAGAAUAUCGGUCGGCUUUUGCCAGAUAAGAAGGGCAUCUACGUAGAGUGUGACGAACUGGAAAAUCUGCAGAGUGGAGCGCCGUCGCUGGGCUCCCCCUUGCUUGGGCAGUCAAAGCUAAGGAAAGGCUGGGCCAUCAAUCGGGGUUCUCUGACACGGAGCGCGCUCCAGGUGGACCGGCCGGAAUUCCCGAAGAGUUGCCUACUGAGACAAUGGAUAAAGAAGAGGAAUCUGACGCGGCUGACUCUCCUAUAAGGGUCACACCUGAGGAGGGGAAAGCUGAAGCGAAGGAUCGUGAGGCAUCUGCGCCGCUUAGUCUGUCUAGGUCAAAAGCGCCUUCUCCAGCGCGUGCUGUGGCAGGCGAGCGCCAUAGUACACACGCCAAGAGAAGAAGCGUGGCCGCCCAAAAGGAGCCAAGGACAAGGCAGGCAGCGAGGAGCCUGCGACCGCGCGACAGGCUCUACCAAUUGCCCUAAUUCUAACUAUAAAAAGACGUGGAAGAUACAAGGCUCGCGCCUGUGUCCUCGGUAAUCUAGACCGAUCAGGAGAGCUAAACGCCUUGGCCCCCGUCGUUUCACAUGCCGCAAAUAGGUUGCCCCUGACUUCUGCUGCGUCGGUCAGGGCAGGACUAUUUGGUCCCGUUCGGUUUAGAUUCUGCGUCCCUCAAUGCUGAACGCGAUCGCGAUGCCUUCUGUCGUCUCCCAACCAUCUGGAUCUGGGCGGAGAAGAAUGGGCCGGCGUGAGAUCGUGAAGCUCGAGAAAGCCCUCUACGGCUUGAAGAAGGACGCACCACGAGGAGCAUGGUUCAAGAAAUUUCACGACAUAUUAGCCGAGCCUGGCUGGGAGCCGUGUGAUUCUGCGCCAGGCUUAUGGAGAAGACCGAGUAAGAAAGCACCUGGGAAGUCCCUCAGGAUCGGAUGUCAGUCCAUGUGGGAGACAAUCUCGCGACGGGUCCUGAUCUCGAUGAGCUCAAGACUGAGUAGGCCGCUUGGGCUAGCUUAACCUUAAACGGGCGCCCACUGCAGAGAGAAAGAACGAGCGAAAACCUUGAGACUCGAGACCAUAGAUAAAGAGUAAGGAUCUAGCCUGGGCCCAGAGUGUAAAGACCCAGCUACCUAGAGCUCUCUGCUCUUUUUCUUCCUUGUUUUCUAUACGUCUCUGUACGUUGUUGCUUCGGGUGUUUGGAGACCCGUGCGUGAUCCCUCGGCGAUCCCUUGCUUUUCUUAAAGCCAUGCUUUCGGCUUUCUCGCGCUUUGCGUUGCUUCUUGUCCUCGGACACUAUUUGACUGUUCCCAUUGUUACUUGUUUGACCAUUUCGUUGUCGUAAAGUCAUUUGGUUCUUUGUUUUGUUUUCAGGCUGUAGUGCCCGAAACCCGUUUCCUUCCUUUACUGAGUUCUCUUGACGGUGCUUUCUCCUUUUUAUUUGUGCCCUCGUCUUGUUUCGCGCUUCUGCUCGUUUUAGCCUUUUCCUCAUGUUUUUCUUUUGUUUUGCCUUCCGCUUGGCCACUGUUAGCCGUCGUCGUCUGCUUGCUUGCCUUCCUAGGCGCGGGGCGAUGGCCAGUGUGUCCAAUGCUAUGAGGCAUUUUCCUUUUGGAUAAAAGUUGAAAAAUUGAUUGGCGCUAUAAUUCUGUCACUGGCGACGAAGCGCAGCGCAUAAGGUCCUUGCCCCUUUCCCCGCCUCGUAAUUUAAUCUUUUUACUUCCUUUUUUUUGCUAAAGGUAGUUCGGUAUCUCAGCGCGAGUGGGCCGCUUGAGCUAGCUUAAACGGGCGCUCACUGCAGAGAGGAAGAACGAGCGAAAACCUUGAGACUCGAAAUCAUAAAGAGUAAGGGUCUAGUUUGGGCCCAGAGUGUAAAGACCCAGCUAGAGCUCUCUUCUCUUUUUCUUCCUUGUUUUCUAUACGUCUUUGCGCGUUGUUGUUUCGGGUGUUUGGAAAACUUUUUUUUCCCAACCCACCCAUCCUGGUUUGAGGUUCUAGAAUCGUGGCUCGUUAGGCUGGCGCUUAGGCAAAAGCUUGCCCUCGUUUCUGGCAGUCACUUUCUGGGGUGGAUCGUCUCCCGUCGUUCAAAGGUUUUCUCUCGAAAGUUGUUUGUUGGAAACAAUGCUUAAGGCGGGAGUGAUGCCUCCCCAGAUUCUUACUUGAGAGUGGCUGCCAGAGUGCUGCUGAGAGCAAAUGUUAGAAUUGGAAAAUUGGGCAUUUGAUUUGUGGUUUUAUGAAAAUUGAAUAGUUCGUCAGAGUUGCGAAAGUUCAACGAAAAAAGGGCUGCAGUUCUUAGCGAUUCCUGGAGUAGCCCAGUAGUUUUAGUGAAAUUGCCAAUUGGUUGGGACCCUUUUUCUUCUACUUGUUGUUAACUGUUGUGACCAACAUGGCCACGAAGGCUGAGCGCAAGGCCGCCCGGGCCGCAGAGAAGCGGAAGACUCGCGAUGCAGUCGAGUAUCUCGACAGAAUCUUCGCCGACAUUCAGGCAGCUUCGAGCCCAGUUCCUGCUCUUGUUAUCGAUCCUGAGCGCUUCACUUUAGUGGCGAAGUCGUUGCCUUCUAAAAACUCAAUUCUCGAAGGUUUGGCGUUGUUGGAUGAAUUGGAGGCGCAGUCCUUCUGUCCCGCUUUGGAUGAAAAUGGUCAUCGUUGUUUUUCGCGUGAAAAUUCGAGGGCAAUAGGAUCUAGAGCGUGUGCUUACUUCGACGCUUAAACGAGUUGCAUCAUGCUGAAGACCCGGAAGCGUGGCGUCUUGUGCUUCAAGUUCAAGGCGGCACUUGCGAGGGCGCUGUGUGGUGUCCUCCCCAUUGGGAGGAAAGGAGGGCCAAGCCAAUAGACGACUCCACUGACAAGAUCGCUCGUCGGUGUAGGGUAGAUACUUUCAUGAAGCGCGGCCCCCCCGCUCAUUUAGGGGAGGAGCUAGCUGCUAAGAUCUGGACGACUUCCGUUGCAGAAACUUCUCCUGGCUUUCUUGAGGGACCGACUGAGCUGGACUCUCUUGAUGAUAAUGCGCGACUCUUACUCCCGCGGUUUGCUGUCGAGCAACGGGGGAAGCGUCGCGUGAUAGAUGAUGCGCGCGCUUUAUAUUGGGAGCGUGAUUUGAAGAAAGUUGUACCUCUUCCAUCUCCUACGCAGGCUCUCGCCUUAGCAUUAGCUACAGCCACUGCGAGGCUUCAGGCCGAUAGCGGCGCUUCUACUCAUCUUUUGGGCUCUUUCUUGUUGUACUCGCGUAAGAGGAACAAAGAAGGGGCGCGCGUGUCUGCAGAAGUUGCGGCAGAAUUGAAUAAAGUGCUGCUGUCAGGUUUCGACCCGGACAGCUUAGUUGAAGCGAAGGGUCUUAACAUUGACGGGCUAGCAAUUGACAUAGAAGGAGCGGACAAAACCAUUGGAAUUGUUCCACAUCAACAGCGUGCGAAUUUCGUAGCAGUUUUCUCGCCGGUUGCGGCGUGCGAAGUGGUUCGCUUUUAGAGCAAAGGCGUUGGCUUUUGGGAAUACGCAUAGCGUCAUAGUUUGGGUAAGAGUGGUGAACUUAAUUGCAAACUGUGUUAGGCAUUUGCUCAAAAUUCCGAUUUCGGUUUUCAUUGAUGAUUGCCACUCGUUUGCAAAGUCUGGCCUUGGGGUUGAAGCCGCUAGUGCGGCGUGUUUGCUUUUGGAUAGAUUAGGUUGGUCAUAUAAGGCAGAAAAAGGCUCAAGCGUGACUCUUUUGGGGUUGAUUUUUAAUUUGGUCGGUCGGCCGUCAGUCAGUAUCUCGCCAGUGCGCGCGUCUCAGUAUGUUGGUUUGUUAGGAAAGCAUGCAAAAAAAGACGCCUUUUCUCCUCUCGAGGCUGCGCAGAUCUAUGGGAAGACGUCACUUGUUUUCUGCGCGGUCGCGGAAAGGGAAUUGCGUCCGUUGUUGGGGCCCAUUAUGAGUAGAGUGCUCCAAUUACAUAGCGACUGUUCGUUGACAAAAUGCCUGACGCUCAGCCUUCGAGCUUGUAUAGAAGUGCUGAAUUCCCUCCCUCCGCGGAUUUUAUCAACGCAACCUCUCCGGUUUGUAUUGUAUACAGAUGCGUCGCGGAGGAAAGGUUCAGGGAUGAUUGCUGGCGUGUUGGUCGAGCUUUUCUCAGUUUCGCCAUCCGCAAACUCUACGUACUGGUAAGAUAAAAUUUUGGAGAUUGAGGCUUAAGAAAAAUGAAUUGCGUGAAUCGUUCUCGUCAUUCCCGAUCAAUUUUCUAGAGGGCAUAGCUCCGCUUGCUUCUUUGUUGGUUUGGAGAGGUUUGAUCUCGAACGCGAAGGCUCUUCGCUUGCUCGAUAAUGUUGCAGCAGAAGGGAACUUGUACAGGAUGAAUAGUGGAAAAAUUUCCAUGGCCUUUGUUGCGUAUGAAUUUUGGCUGAAAGCCGGCGCUUGUAAUGUGUCGCCAGAUCUUGGAAGGGUACCGAGUGAGCACAAUCCUGCGGACCUUCCUACUAAAGAGAAUGUGCUUAGUAUUUUGGUUGAUAAUUUUGAAUGCGAAGAAUUCCUUCUAUCGGAAAGCGAUCCGAUCGAAGUUCGCGGAGUUUGCUUGUUGAAAGGUAAGCGCUCUGAUAUCCUUACUGGUCAAGAGUGAUUUGAUUGUUGAAAUUUAAAUAAGUUACAGGCAUGGUGGUGGACCUCGCUUGGUUUAGACCAGCUCGCGCUUUUAGAGGCGACUGGAGUUCUAAAGUGGAAGUGUGUUGCUCCUGUACGUUCAAGCCUGCCUUUGUGUUGGUAUCUAUGGUGCAUGAGUCGGAACUUGCGGACUUGAAAGCUUAGAACAUAGGGAAGCUUCUGCUUUUGAAUCUCACGUCAAUAGUAUAGGAAAGUGGGAAAGUUGGCGCAUUAUUAUAAGUUUUAGCGUUUGUGAAAUUUGUAUUCAAGUUUGCGAGUUUGUUACAAACUCUGAAGAAAGUUGUUUUGUUGGACCACAAGAACACAGGCCUCCGUGCCUUGGUUCGUUUCUCAGUGGAAACACAAAGCCAGAAUCUUGAAUGCAGGCAAAUCUUGACACUCCUGCCUGAGACUUGCGAUCUCUGGCUGGUGUAGUCCCUGUUCGGUUCAUUGGGUGAGAUGGAUCAUACAUCAACGCGUAAGCAUGUCAGAAGGGAUCGGACUGAGCGUGCGUCAUUGACUAGGAUCAGUACAGCCGUGCCUAGUCUACACCUUGAUCAUUAUGGUUAUGCAUUGAAUGCGCAUUGCGUGUGCAUUGGAAGUAGCCUUCGCGAUCAUUGACAUUCAUACCAUGCGAGAUCAUCCCGAUGUAUGACAGUCGAGCGCGAGGUUUUGCGUGAGCCACUGAGAACAGAACGCCACGACAUCCGAGAGGCUUGGGCCAUACAUGACCAACGCCCCUCCUCAAUCGAUGCGGGUCGAAGUCCGUCUCACGUGACCGCCUCGCUGUGUGUUGAGUCACGGCAAUCGCGUCUCUUGUUUAGUGUAUGUGACCUGGCUACGGUGGUUUAGAAACCAAAAUAAACCGAAUAUAUUACGCUAUAGUAAGCUAAGUCAUCCUCAUCUGUUUCGUCAUCAGAGGGAUCACAGUCAUCGUCUUUGCUUGUAGUUAUCGGGUUAGCUACGUGGUGUAAGAUAAGUCUACGCUGAGUGGCGCUGCAGGUUAGUUCCGAAAGUGGGUCUGCCUUCAUCAGGUUGGUAGGACAGCGCACGAUCUUACUAGCAGCGUCGCGCACUCUUAGAUAACGUAAAGCAUAGUGUCUACUUUUAGGGCGAGCGUCUGUUGCUUUGGCUGUUGUGAUCGCAGACUGGUUGUCUAUCCACAAUGCAGCAUUGUCUAAGGAGGGAGACAAGCCGUUCUGUGUGUGUACCAACUGGGUUGGAAGAGGCUUAUAGAAGUCUGCGAAGUCAUGCAUCUCACUGAGCACUAUCGUGUCAGAAGCUGCAAUGUACUCACUUUCAGCCGUUGAGUAGGCUCUGACUGUUUGUCGGUUACUCCUCCACGCUAUGGGUGUACCUUUGUAAUACAUUAUGGAGCCACUUGUGCUUCUCAUUGUUUUGAUGCAGUUGGCGAAACCAGCAUCACUGAAUAUAUUUACUUCUGGCAUGUCUCUGCCUUCUGGUAGAAGUUUCUCGUAUAUUUUGUUGAAUUCUUCUUCCUUUUCUGGUGAGUAUUCUACUCCUUUGUCUUUUGUUGACGCCAGGCAUUUUAGGACUUUCUUGGCUGCUUUGGCCAUUCUUGUUGGCGUGGGUUUACUGACAUGUCUAGCCAACGCUGCUACCGGAGCAGAGAUAUCCGGGCGCGCGGUUACAGCUACCCAUAGUAAGGCACCAACUACCUCACGAAAGGGAUACCCGUCAACUAUCUUGGUCCCGUCUUCAAGAAAGUUGUUUCGUCAAAAUUGGGCGUGCCAAUCUCCGACCGUCUAUCCGCCGGAAGUUGGUGUGGCUAUUGCUGAUCAACAAAGCGGAGCAAUCCUCGACAUUCUGCCUAAAAUGUUUUCCAAAGCAUUUCGACAGACAAUCGAGAGGAUGCAAGAAGAAGAACGUCUAACCGUUAGAUUCUAACGCUCGUCCAAAUCGGUGCAAGACUCACGAAACGACUUCAAAGCUUGACGGACUCUGGUGAGUACAAGAUCGAGAGUCCAUCUUUCGGCAAAGCUUUGCCGGCUGUCGAAGAUUCCGAUGAUGAAAACCAGAACAAUACCAAAACCAAGAAGCGCAAGCGUCAGGAUGAGAGUGAUGACGACGGUAAAGCGUUUGCCGCUCUCAAGAAAACAACGACCAAACGACUUCGCAAGAAAAUCCGCAAAGAAAUCAGGAACGAGGUCUACGCAACGAAAGGAAGCGGAAAGAGUAGUAGUAGUAGUUCUAGUAGUAAGAAGAACAAAGGAAGUGGUAAAGGUAAAGGCGCUAAGAACUCAGAUCCUAAUGAGGGUAUCCAGUGCAACUAUUGUCACAAGUAUGGACAUAAGGCGCGCAAAUGCUGGCUAAACCCGAUGAGUCAAAGCGACCAACCUAGCAAAGCCAUGGGCAGCAACUUCUUCAACAAUUCAGGCAACUGCUGGCCGCAAGGUAACGCUAUCCCUCCGUGGCACCAGAACAGCUAUCCAUCGCAACCAAGUGGAGGAAAAGGAUUCGACAACAGUAACCCACCGCAGCAAUGGGGUGGGCAACAACCACAACGCUGAGUCGAAACCGAUCUGAAAUGGAAUGGAUAUUGGAAACGAGAUGGACAGUCCCAAGAUGACGAAGAACUUGAAGAAGCUUUCGAAGAUGAGAAUGGAAGGCGUUCGCUGAACUUUGAAGAAAACUUUGAGAAUAAAGAAUAUAGAAGUGAACUGUUUAGGGGUGAAAGCUAUAUGGUUGAUAGUCGCUCAGGUUGCUAUCUUAGCGCAAAUAAAAGAGGCAAUAGCAAAACAGUUUCACUUGUUGACAGUUGUGCGAGUAAAUAUUUGUCUCGCCAUCGUUCCGAUUUUAAGAAGAUUACUUAGCUACCGGCUUUGUCACAUUAGCGGCACCGCUGGAAAGCGAAGUGGGAACUUAGGCAGACUAAAAGAGAACAGAUUAGGACUAAAAUAUGGCGUACACUUUGAACACUCAAUAAAAGCCAUAGGUCGCGUUAUACCAUGGCUAGGUGAAGGAAACUGCCAUGGGAAGGGUUGGCAGAUGAACUUCACAGAAAGCGGCGGAACGCUGUACAAUACCCGCUCCGGCCGCUCUCUACCCAUAACAAAUUGCCCCCAGAUGCAGCUACCUACUCUAGGUUGUCUGUGACAUGUUUAGCAAAGAAGAAAAUGAAACUGAGGAGGAUAUAGUAUGCACUAGAAUAGAAGAAGCUAGACUUCAUUCACAAGCCUCAAGAUUAGACAUACGUCGUAGACUUGGCCACUUUCACGCUGAUGGCCUUAGUGUAUCUUGUCCAGAAUGCGAUCGGGCCAAAGGUCAAAGGCGCGCUCAUGCAAAAGUGAGGCCCGCUGGGCAUGUACCUUCUCCAUUGGAAACCCUUGCAAUUGAUUUCGCAGUUGGUAUUAGACCAGUAUCUAUAAGAAGCAAAAGACGCGCUUUAGUCAUUAUUUGCGAUUCGAUUGAAAUGAGUUUCGUUCGUCCUCUCUGCCUUAAGUCGGACUGCGUUGAGGUGAUUGAAGAAGUAAUAAAAGGCAUUCGCCAGGACUACUCACUGUCACUCGACGACAAGGCGGCGUGGUCCAUCCGUAGAGAUAGCGAGCCCGUCCUGAGUGGUGACCAUAUGACCAAAGUCAUGGAGUCGCUACUGGUUUCGGAAAUUCCUGGAGUUCCUUACAGCCCAGAAAUGAACGGAACUUGCGAACGUUUCACGCGGACCAUUUUCGGUGCUGUGCGUACCAUGUUGGUCAAAGUCGACCGACGUCUUUCUCUUUGGUGUUACUGCCUACAGUAUGCCGGAGAUUGUUGGAAUCGCUUACCGCAUCGUUAUGCAAAAGUGCCAGGAUGUGAUGGAAUGAGUCCGGUCGAGAUACUAGAGAAGAGGAUAGGAAAGAGCGAAGUCCUCGAAAAGUGGUCUAGGUAUGUUAAGAAGAUUUGGCUGUCUGGUGUACUUUCGUGAAAAGGUCGUAGACACCACCAACAAGAAAGAGGCAAAGCUUGCGCCACCUUAUCGGCGUGGUGUGGUUCUCGGUCUGUGUCCAGUCUCGCCUGGUUGGCUAGUAGGUACAUAUCACAACGAUGGGAGAGCGGGAGUGGGCUUCGAGUGGAGCGAGUAUUCCACGCUAGAUGUGAAAUUUCGAGAGUCGAUAUUAGUCAAGAACAUUGAUUGGCUAUUGCCUACGUCGAAGGGCAUUUAUGUUGAUUGUGACCCGCUGGAAGACCUGCAGUCUGGCACGCCGUCGCUGGGUCCCGUCCUGCACAGACAUGCGCUGCAACGUAUGGCCUGUCAGCCGCGCUUCUCUGGCACGGAGUACAGCUCAGGCGAUCCAACCGGCAUGGAAAUGAUAUCAGAUAAAAUGAAGUUGCUGAGUUUUUCUCUGAAUCUUUGGACAAAAUAGAAGAUCCAAAGACCGGCGACGACUCCAACUCUGACACGCAACGCGUUGAGGAGGGGAAUAGCUCAUCGGAGCGUGUGUCGCCUGACUCUAAUCCUGAAGCAAGGGAUCCGAGGCCCUUACCCAUUCCACCAUCUCAGCCAGGCAAAGUUGAGGAGGGGAAGAAAGGCCGAGGAAGACCUAAAGGGAGCAAGGAUAAGAAUCCAGGACAACGCAAGAGAAUAACAAAAGCCGAGCUAGAAGCAUUGAGAAAAGAUAUGCAUAAAUUUGCCAUGCUAGCAGGCGGGCAUGAGCUGGAAGAAGGGGGAACCUUUCUCGAAGCGCGUGUCAUGCUGUCAGUUUCCCAAGCCUUGAAAAGCCCUGACGCCGAAAAAUGGCGUGCAGCUAUCACCAAGGAGGAAGCUAGAUUACUUGCCUUUGAGACUUGGGCGCCAGCUACUGACGAGGAGCUGCGAAACUCUUCUCAGGUAAUGCCUAUAGCAAUCGUUCUCACGGUCAAACGUGGUGGAACAUUCAAAGCUCGCGCCUGUGUGCUCGGGAAUCUUGAUCGUUCGGGGAAUGUCGACACCUACGCUCCUGUAGUGUCACACGCUGCGAAUAGACUUUUACUUGUCUCAGCGGCGGCGGUAUCUGACUUCGUCACCCCUUCGACCUUGAUUCUGCGUUCCUUAAUGCUGAACUCGAUCGCGAAGUCUUCUGCCGUCUUCCACCAGUGUGGGCGGAGAAGCAUGGAGCGGAUAUCGUCAAGCUUAAGAAAGCUCUAUAUGGGCUCAAGGACGCUCCACGAGCCUGGUUCAAGAAGUACUGCGUGCUAUUGUCCGAACUUCUCGGAUGGGAGCCGUGCUCUUCUGCUCCAGGAUUGUGGCGGAAAAAGAGCAAAACGCACCCAGGAAAGUAUAUGAAGGCGUCAGUCUAUGUUGAUGAUAACUUAGCUACUGGACCUGACUAUCAAGAGGUACGGCCUGCCUGAGCUCGGCCGGGUCUUUAGUCGCGCCCCCGGCCGACCUAUUGAGAUGACAAAGCGAGUCGAUUCCCACAUGGGUUUCGAAUGGCUAGAGUUCGACUUUCUUGGUGCGAUCGUGCACUAUUCAUUGUCGGGAAGCACGUUCAGCGAAAACCCUGAUGAGUGUGUACAUAGAGAAGACUUUGCAGAAGUAUAAAAUAACACUAGGCAAGCCGGUGUGGUCUCCAAAUUUCGACGCGUCUGCUUUGCUUGAGGAGGGGCUUAAGCUCGCAGCAGGGUUUCCAUUGCGUGAGAUUGUUGGCGCACUGCUUUGGAUAUCGACAACCGCAAGGCCAGAUAUUUGCGUCCCUGUGGCGACAUUGGCUCGGUACGUCAGUGAGCCCGUUACUGAAAGAAUUGCGAAAGCCUGUAGAAUGAAAAGUAUUAAAGUAUCUAGCUACGACAAAAGGCCAAGGACUCUAUUACUCUCCAGAAAGUGAGGAGGAAUUCAACGAAAUCCACAAGAAGCUCCGACCAGAGCAGAAGGAAGAGAGCUACCGCGUACUAACUGGCCCUCAGAUGCAGGAUUCGCAAACUGCAUAAAGAGCAUAUGCUCGACCAGUGGUUCGAUUAUGUACUAUCGGGGUUUUCCAAUCUGUUGGAAACGCAAUACCCAAACCGUGCGUGCGUAUUCAGCUGCAGAGUCAGAGUAUAUAGCCGCGUCGGACACUAUUGCCAUGAGCGAGCUGCAUGAUUUUACAGAUUUCUUCAAUCCCUUACCCACUCAACUAGUGGAAACGCGGCUUGGUAUAUCGCCAUCUUGUGGAUCGGCGACCAGUCUGCAACCUCGACGGCAAAGAGUGAAGACGUGAAGCCUAAAAGUAGACACUAUGCGUUGCGUUAUUUAAGAGUUAGAGACGCAGCUGAGAAAGUUGCUUUCUGUCUUACUCGCCUUAUGAUGAAAGCUGAUGGACUAGCGAAACUUUCAUGCUCAUCCAAUCAAGACCAACGCAGAUUACUACUACAUCACAUAGAGAAUCCAGUAAUUAGCCGUAACCAUGUUGAAGAUGGUAGCGACUCGGAAGAAGAGGAUGAUGAGGCUGGUUCAAGUUCUGCUUCUCUGGCGGUGCUUAGUUACCUACUCUAUCUUCUUAGUUAGGGUGUUAGAUCGUUGGCCAAAGGUUAUGUCAGUGGCUAUACAACGAAUAGUGAAGGUUCUGGGUCAGAGCAGGCAACACUAGACCGCUCCUGACUUCCGUCAUUUCUUCACCUAGCGACUGAGGAGGGGUGUUGGUCAACGGUCAUUACUGGCUCAAGAUCCAAUGAAUGGACCUGAUUUCGACGCCAGAUGACUGCUCUCACUCGUCACCUUGAUCCUGAUCAAUGCCGUUCCUUGUCUUGAGCUCGUGUUGGCUCCUCGUGUGAUCAUCAGAUGAACUCAAUGAGUUCCAACAUGAAUGAGCAGCAAGAUCUCCCAGGUCUCUAACUGCACUAUGACACUUCAUGGCAUCCCAAUGACAUGGGACCCAUUUUGAUACCAUUUCAGGGCCUUAGACAGUCAGUGAUCACUCGGCGCGUCCGUUCUGGUCGUCUUUCUGUUACAUUGCAACGAUAGUCAUUUCGUUUGCUCUCAAGAGCCUCGUAGUGCGCUUGGACGUGUUCGGGUGUUCCAACAGUUUCGCAUGUUUGUUAAGUAGUAUUUCUUGUCGUUGUCUUUCAUUCAUUAGCGCUCCUCUAGGAGCUACUCUUUUGCUGGCUGACCUCAUCGGUAGUCACGUGUAACUACAAACGAGGUUCCAUGACAUGACAUGACAGGCUGCGCUGGUUGCAGGCACUUUACCCGUAACCCCAGAGCUGAGCACGAAACUGCAAGACCUCCAGCAAGAAUACGUUGCCUCUCUUGGAACACAGCACAAUUUGGCAAGAGAGGCAGAAGGACAGAUUGAAAACCUGAGAAAAGUGCAAGAAGCAAACGCUGCGUCGCACGCAGAUAUUGAAGAGCGGAUGCAGAAUUUGGAAGAAAGCCUACGGAAGCUUGUGAACGGCAUGGGGGAACUGCAAAGCACAUACGCUAACUUACGUGUUGGCUUUGAUGCGGGCAUAUACGGACUACAGGUAUCUUAUAAUAUAUGAGCGUAACCUCUGAGCUGGAGAACCAUUUCUCAAAUUUUUCACAAGCUAGAGUAGUUGGAAGAUAAGCGAAAUUUUGAGUCUUCAUAAUUACCUGCCUGAACAUAGAGUUCCGUUUUGGGUGCCACAAAUAUACAACUCAGUACUUCAUGUUCAUGAAUAAAAGAUCAGUUUGAUCAUAUUCAUAUCUUUCUGAAACUCCUGAAAAACUCGUUGUCCUUCCUAAUUCUUCAGGCUGUAAACGGCGCUAAGUUCUAUCCAAGCGCGGACCUCUACUUCCCGCACAGCGAUGCGGCGAUACGUAUUGUGCCACUUGCCUGGAGCGUGAAAUUCGACAGGCACGUCGACUGGGCCUACCCAUUUCAGCAAAUAGACAGCAACGGGAACGGCAAGGUAGCAGAUGGUGCACUGUCCAAAACUGUCCAGUACGUGAAAAUCCCAAACGCCAUGCUCUCACAUGCGCGGCCUUGGCGCAGUUACUACCGCAUCGCCAUUGACGGUUCUUCGAAGGGAGCGGAUUGGAUGCGCGAGUGGGACCGACAGAUCGAGUUGCUCAAUGACGUCGGUCUUUUCAAGGCGAUGUGCUACCAUGAGUACGACGUCUCAGCGGCCUUCAAAACAGAUCUGACGAAUACCCGUAUUACAGAGUCCUACGAGUGGAAUGCGUGCUUCGACAGAGUGAAUGAGAAUAACAUGAAAAGUGAGGUCGGGCAGGACAGCAUCACGUUUCAACAGCAGAUUCGGACAGGCGAGCGCGCAAUCACAAUAAUAUCGAUCGGCCGCUGCACCGGAUUCCUUCAUUUGAAUACGGAUCCGUGUACCGUGGCGGUAUUGCGCGAUCCCUUCAGUGAAGGUUUUGGCGGGAGCCAAGACCAGCUGACUCCGUGGCUGCAAACCCACGUGUUUAAAAAGGAGUUUUUCGCGAGCGCUGUUUUCAAAAACCCUGAUGACAAUCGUCUCCUUGUGAAAUGUGGCACAGCAAAGGGAGCGCCACUGCGCACGAGCGAUGUGAAAGAGUUUCGGAAGGUACUUGUUGAGUUCUGGUGGAGGGGGAACGACGAUCCAUGAAGGUAAGCAUAGGUAGCCAAACUUAUAUUUCUAGAAGGAUUUAAUAAUCAAUCGAUCAUCAUCUAGAUGAUGACCAAUGCGGUCGACCUUGUACACGCCUACGAUUUUGCGAUGUGCAGGUGUGGCGAAUGAAUUGUUGACACUACAGAUGAUUCUGCGAACUACAGCACCAACAAACCUGAAGAUUUGCGUGCUUUGUAUCAUUGAUGUUCCGACGAUGAUUAAACACAAGAAAAAGAAGCAGCUGACAUUAUCACGAUUUUUAGACUUCCACACCCCGACGGUGGAUGCCGAAAGUAAUCGCACAUGUCUAUCGAGUCCUCGGCGGUAGCAUUGCAAAAAGCGAUGUCUGUCGAAACCGUCUCGGUGUUCGUGUAAAGUCUACGGGAUCAAGACAUGAAUAACUACAACUCUGGCGCAUAUCGGUAGGUCUUAGCUAGGUGAUAAAAAAAAUACAUUUAUCAUUGGCUGAGGUUUAGGCUAGCGCUCAAGCCAGAGGCAGACUCGAAUCUUAGUAGGACAGUCGCACUAAAGCCCAAACUUUCCUCUUACAACAAAAAAGUAAGAUCCUGACAAAAAACGACUGAACUUUCUCC